AUGGGAGAGCAAAAGGCCAGAGUCCUCAUUGUCGGUACUGGAGGUGUCGGCACGCUAGCAGCCUAUGCUCUCGAACAGGGCGGCAAAGCUGAGGUCACAGCGGUGAUGAGAUCUAAUUAUAACGCCGUGCAAAAGAACGGCAUCAGCAUUAAUUCCGCCCAAUAUGGCAACGGUAUUAAGGGGUGGCGCCCCACGCGCAUCUGCAAGGUCGUUCCCAACACCGCAAAGGAGAACCUCCCUCCCUUCGAUUUCAUUCUUGUAACGACCAAGAACAUCCCAGAGAUCUCACCAACCGUGUCCGAUAUCAUUGCUCCUGCUGUCACCCCGCACAAAACCGCCAUUGUGCUCUGUCAGAAUGGAAUCAAUAUUGAGAAACCUCUCAUCUCCUGCUUUCCCACCAACCCGAUAAUCAGUAGUGUUUCUUACGUCAGUGCUACCGAGAUAUCACACGGUAGUAUCUUGCACGAUGGUCAGGAUGAGCAGACAAUCGGCGCUUUCCACAAUCCCGAUGUACCGGCCCAAGUUGCGGAAGAGGCAGCCAAGCGUUAUAUCGAUAUCUACAACCCCGAUGGUAAGAUCGAUGUCACUUUUGACGCAGAUGUUCGUCGCGUUCGAUGGCGCAAGCUACUCUAUAAUGCCUCCUUCAACCCAGUUGCGGCCAUCUUGCGCAUGGACACACCUCGUAUGCGCAUGAGCAGCCACGUCAUUGAUGAUCUCAUCCGGCCGAUCAUGAAGGAAGUGCUCGCUGCUGCCCGGGCUGAUGGUAUCACGGAUUUUCCCGAGGACCUCCCGGAGAUUUUGAUCCGCGUCGACCCAAUCGGCAGUGCUUUCAAGCCGUCCAUGUGCCAGGAUAUUGAGAAGGGCAAUCUGAUCGAACUAGAAAACAUUGUGGGUGAGCCUCUGCGAGAGGGAGAAUCCAAGGGCGUGGCUAUGCCCACACUACGCACUAUCUACGGAUUGCUCAAGGGCAUGCAGCUCAAAGUCAAGGAAAGUAAGGGCAUGUGGGAGCCCAAGUUUGGGUCCGAGAAUCCGUAUCAAUGA